CUGCGAGGCGCGCCUGCGCCAUACAGCCCCGCACGUGUUCGAGCCUCAAGCUUCCGCUGGCGCUGGAGUUUGUUGAGGAUGCAAACCGAGAUGGAGGCACAGAGUCCCUUGGCCGAGGCCGGCUUCACCCAGGUCACCCGAAAAGGUGGCCGGCGGGCGAAGAAACGGCAGGCUGAGCAGCUGUCCGCGCCGGAGGAGGGCGGGGACGCGUCCCGCAUGGACACCGAGGAGGCCCGGCCCGCCAAGAGGCCCUUCUUCCCGCCCCUCUCCGGGGACGGGUUUCUGGGUGGGAAAGAAGAAACCAGAAAAAUUCCAGUCCCAGCUAACAGAUACACUCCCUUAAAAGAGAACUGGAUGAAGAUAUUUACUCCUAUUGUGGAGCAUUUGGGACUUCAGAUACGCUUUAACUUGAAAUCGAGGAAUAUAGAAAUCAGGACUUGUAAAGAAACCAAAGAUGUUAGCGCUCUGACAAAAGCAGCUGAUUUUGUAAAAGCCUUUCUUCUUGGGUUUCAGGUAGAGGACGCACUUGCCCUCAUUAGGUUGGAUGACCUCUUCCUAGAGUCUUUUGAAAUUACAGAUGUUAAGCCCUUAAAGGGAGACCACCUGUCGAGGGCAAUAGGAAGAAUCGCUGGCAAAGGAGGAAAAACCAAAUUCACCAUCGAGAACGUGACACGGACGCGGAUAGUUUUAGCUGAUGUGAAAGUUCACAUCCUCGGUUCUUUCCAAAACAUCAAGAUGGCAAGAACUGCCCUCUGCAACCUCAUCCUGGGAAAUCCUCCAUCAAAGGUUUAUGGCAAUAUUCGUGCUGUGGCUAGCAGAGCGGCAGACCGAUUCUGAUUUCAAAUCAGAGACUUCUUAUCUUGUCUUUGAACUCUAGAGAAAAAGCCUUUCCCCUCUACAAGUGGUCACCAGACACCAUGUGAAGAACUUUUCAGUCAUGGAUACCAUUAUUUAUACUAGCACAUUAAGUAUAAUUUAUUUUUUCCAUUUUAAAUCACAUGUAGAUUUGCAUAGUCUAUAAUCCUCUCAUUUGGAGGGAAACUUAAUUUAAAAAAACAGUCCUAUAUUAGCUUCUAAUUUUUUGUUUAUAAAUUUAUAAAAAGUUAUUUCUUCUCUAUGAGUUGUAAUAAAAGAAUUAUCUCAGAAAACCUCUCUGACUUGUGACCCUUAAUACUGGAUGGUGUGUGAAUAUUUUAGAUCCAGGUCAUAAGCAGCAGUUUGGAUAUACUCUGUGAACCAAGGAAGGCUAAUAUUUGUACCUAUUUUUGCAGUUUGUAAAAUUAAAGGCUACAUCACAAGGUUGAUGUGAGGAAAGAGUUUUAUUUUUUAAGUAAGUGUUUAAUGAAAGCAGUCAGACCUUACCAGUGUUUGGGUAUACUUCUUCUAAGUAGUAAAGGUGAAAUAUGAUAAAAGAAUAUUUCUACUCCUAAGAAAACUACUAUAUUCUGCAAAUGUAAUAGAUUGUUUUAACAGGUGUCUGCCUAAAUGUUCUGAUUUAUAUUAUGCAUUUUUUAAAUGAAAGGAACCCACUUC